CAACAACAACAAAUCAUCGUAUACGAAUAUAUUUGAAAAUGUUUUCAAAAUUAUUCAACAUCAUUAUAAUGAUGUUGAUGAUAAUCAUCAUUGGUCAUAAUCAUUGUAUAAAUUGUCAACCAUUAUUAUCAUCGACAAAUGAUCAAACACCUUCAUUAUCAUCAUCAUCAUUAUUAUCAUCAACAACAACAAAUUCCUGUCAAGAAAAUAUAAAACAUUGUUCAUUAACAUCAUUAGAUCGUUUAUCAUGUACGAAAAUUAAACAAUUAAAACAAUGUUUAGAUAAUUUAAAACAUAUAUGUCAUGGUUCAAUACAUUAUCAUUCAAUUAGUUCAUUUGUUGAUCAUAAAUCAAUUGAUAAUUGUAGAAUUGAUAAUAAUCAUUCAAAACAAAAUCAGAAUAAAAAUCAAAAUCACAAUCAGAAUAAAAAUCGUCGUCGACAACGAAAUAGAUUACAAAAUCCAAAUCAUCAAUCAUCAACACAACGACCACCGAUUCGUUCAAUGUAUCCACCAUCACCACCUGAAUCAUCAAAUCAUCAAGCAGUUAAAUCCGGUGUACAUAAUCAUCAUCAUCAUGGACAUCAUCGAAAAAAUCCAUUAGUCAAUGUUCCAUUAUCAUCAUCAUCAUCAUCACUGGAUAAUGAUAAAUCUGUUAAUAACAAAAAUCAUAAUAAAAAACCAGAAUAUUUUCAAUAUUGUUUACAAGCUGCUUAUAAUUUUACAAUUGGUUUACCUUUAAAUCGAAAAAAUUUCAAUGAAAUCAAUCAUCAUUAUCAACAACAACAACAACGUUAUAAACGUCAAGAAUCAAACAUGGAUUUAAUGUAUUUUUCACAUAAUCAGCAGCAAAGAUAUCGUGAAAAAUCAAUAAAUAAUCAUAAUAAUCGAAAUAAUCGAUUGAAUGAAACAACUGUACAAUUAGCAACCGAAUUAAUUUAUAAACCAAUACAUCCAAUGACACCAUCAUUAACAUGUAUUAUAUUUGGUGAUCCACAUUUACGUACAUUUGAUUCAAAAUAUCAAACAUGUAAUUGUCUUGGUACAAGAUCAAUGUUAGAACAUCCAUUAUUUGAUGUACAAAUUACUAAUUCAAAAAUUUUUGAUCAAUUCAAUUCAACCGGUGUAACAAAAGUAACCGUAUUGAUAAGACGUUUUAAUUCAUGUAUGAUAACACAGGAAUUAAUUUAUGAAACUGAUUCAUUAGCACAAGCAUCACCUGCUGGUACCUUUACCGAUGGUUCGAUUUAUAAUUUUAAAAAUCUAGUCUAUAUAACAACAUCGAUGAAAGAUAUGGUUGUUACCAUUCAUUUGGAACAUAUUGGUGCACGUGUUUAUAUAUCACAAUUUAUACAUACAAAAUUUUUAAAUGUUGUUAUAAAAUUUCUGACAUCAAAAUCAAAUCUUGUACGACAAGAUUUAGUGUUGGAUGCAAUUAAUCCAAUUUCAUUAUGUAAAUCUGGUUGUUAUCAUCGUGAAUUGAUUGAUAUUGAAUCGGAAUUAAAAUUGGCUGAUAUUAAUCCGGAAUCAUCAACAAUUGUGCGACAACAACAACAACAACAAGAAUCGCCGUUGCCAAAUUUUUCAAAUAAUCUUGAUGAUGAUGAUGAUCAAGAUGAUAAUGAUGAUUACGAUGCUGUUGAUGAUAAUGAUAAUGACGAAGAUGAUUAUGAUGAUAACGACGACGAAGAUGAUGGUGAAGAUUAUGAUGGUUAUAGUGAUAGUGAUAAUGAUUCGAAUUCGAAUCGUAAACGUCGUCGAACUCAAAAAAGAGAUGUUCAUGAAAAUAGUGACGGUCCUUCCGUAAAUAAUGAGCAACAGCAGCAACGACGACUAUCAUCAUCGAAUAGGAAACGUCAAGAUCGACGAAAAGGUCGAAAUAGAAAUCGAACGUCAACAACAUCGACGACGACGACAACAACCGAAUUGCCAAAAAAAUUACGAAAAUCAAAACCAAAACAUCAACAACGUCGUAUUAAUCGAUUACGUUCAGCAUUGGAAAAAUAUCCACAAAAUCCAAAUCAAAAUAAUGAUGAUUUAUUAACAUCAAUAUCACAAUUACGAUUAGAUGAUAGUGGUAAUAUGAAUGUUGGUAAUAUCAAUGAUAUUCAACAGCAAAAUAUUCCCGAAAAUAUCGAUAAUAAUAAUGAUAAUAUAAUAUUACAAGAUUGUUAUGAAAAAAAUCUAAUCGGUUAUUAUCGUUUAUCUUGUUUAUAUGAUACAAUGAUAAAAGGUUCGGCAAGUACAUUACCAUUUGUAUUUGCAUCAUCAUUUGAUGAACCAAAAUUUAUGACAUUAGAUCAACAUAAUCAACAUUUUGGUUUGAAAAAUUAUUCUGUAAAUAUGAUUAAUAAUAAUAAUGGACAACAACAACAACCAUCAAGUGGUUUGUCAUCAAAACAUCAUCAUUAUUGUUGUUCAAUUCUUACGAACAUUUUCUGGUGUAAAAAUACAACCGCCGUCUCAUUUUUCUUUGGAAUUUGA